AUGGAUAUUGCAAAUUUAAGGCCUCUCAAACACACAGUGCACAACAGAAUCAUCAAAAAAACCGUCAAACCUCACCCAAACGAGCCAAGAGCAAGAACAAUCAAGAUUUCCGUGACGGAUCCCGACGCCACCGAUUCCUCCAGCGACGAGGAGGAGCUCUUGUUCCCUCGCCGCCGCGUCAAGAAAUUCGUGAGCGAGAUCACAAUAGAGACAGCCAACGCUGACAACACCACCAGAAAGCGCGCCGCCGCCGCCGCAGAAACCAAACCCAAGCAGCCCGCGGAGGGCGAGUGCCGCAAGUUCCGCGGCGUGCGGCGGCGGCCCUGGGGCAAAUGGGCCGCCGAAAUCAGAGACCCUUGCAAAAAAAUAAGGCUAUGGCUUGGGACCUACGACACCGCCGAGGAGGCCGCCAUGGUCUACGACAACGCCGCCAUCAAACUCCGCGGCCCCGACGCCUUGACCAACUUCGCCGUUCCCACAAUUAAAAACGACGUCGUUCCCAAAAACAAUGUGAUUUCGUGUGAUGACGAUUCUGUCUCCAGCUACGAUUUCCACAAUCGUUCCUCGCCGGCUUCUGUUCUCCGCUUCAGAAGCAGCCCCACCAGCUGCGAAGACAGCUCUUCGCCCAGCGCUUCCAAAUCCACCGAAGAGGAAGUGUGCUGGGAGAUGAAAGCACACCUUGCAACCCCGGAUUAUUGUGCUGACUCCUUGCCUAUGACCACCGACUUCUUGGAUGAUUUCUUCAAUUUCGAUAUGCAAGAUCAGACAUUGUUGUUUGACGAAACAAAUAAUGAUCGUCUUUUAACCGGAGCCGGAGAUGAUUUUCCGGUGGAUGAUGAAUUAGUUGGGAAUUUCAAUUAUUCGUUUGAUUUCGGAGAGUUGAAGUACGAAUUUCCGGGUCUGUUUAAGGAUUCGUUUCAAGAUCAUUGUAUUGGUGAGAUUAAAUGCUCCCGUCAAGACGAGCUUCAAAACAUGUCGGAGUUUCUGGAUUUUAAUGAUCCGUCGUUUCAACAAUAUUCCGGCGAGUUUGAUGUCAUAAGUUUAGUUGGAGUGGAAGAAGAAAAUUUAUUCGAUACUAUGAUUGCAGAUGUAGUACAAGUGUCCUAG